AUGGACGUUCUUCGUUUCUUGAGCGGUGUUCUCGGAAAUGCUGUCGGUCUGCUAUUUUUCUUGGCGCCUAUGACCACGCUCAAGAGGAUAGUAAGAAGCCAGUCGACCGAGCAGUUCUCAGGCGUCCCCUGCAUGAUAACUCUUCUCAGUUGCAGCCUCUACACUUGGUAUGGACUACCGUUUGUGUCGCCGGACAACCUUCUGAUAUUGAUCAGGAACAGCAUGGGAGUUGAGAUCGAGCUCACGUAUGUUUUGAUCUUCAUCACAUACGCACCAAAGGAGAGGGCAAAGAUCGUGGGACUCUCUGGUCUUGCUCUGAUUCUUUUCUUAACAUUUGCCCUUGUCUCCCUCUUCGCCCUGCACGGCAAGACCCAGAAACUCUUCUGCGGCAUCAUGAUCGACAUUUCCUCUACUAUCAUGUAUGCUUCACCUCUAUUGGUCAUGAUGUUGGUGAUCAAGACGAAGAGCGUGGAGUUCAUGCCAUUUUUGUUAUCGUUGUCCUGCUUCUUAUUGGGCAUUUUCUGGCUCGCAUAUAGCCUUCUUAGUCGGGACCCCUUUCUCAUCGUGCCUAAUGGACUGGGGACUGCACUUGGGAUUGUCCAACUGAUCUUGUAUGCAAUGUACCGCAAGAACUGCAGUCAUACUAAACACGAGACUAGGGAUGAAAUUGCGGCGAUGGAUCUUGAAAAGACCGAUCGAACGAUCAAACUGGGUUGCCAACAUUUCCAGUUGGCAUCUUGAAAAGACCUAUCUAAAGACCGAUGUAAUUCGCUUGCAUGUCAAGAAAGAGAUGUAUAGAAAACUUUUCCAGCUUUUAUCAUCAAAAUUAGUGUCUUUAUUUGA